AUGAUUUACUUAAAGACUUUAUUAAAUGUUAUUGAUAAUUCAGGUGCACAAGUAGUGGAAUGUAUCAAAGUAUUAGGUCAUAGACCAAGAGGAUUUGCCCAAAUUGGUGAUCAUAUUACAGUAGUUGUUAAACAAGCUAAAUCAGCUACGUCAGAAGCACAAUCUACCAAUAGAGUGAAGAGAAGUGAUAUAUGUCGUGCAGUUGUUGUUAGAACCAGAGCUCCAUUAAGAAGACCCGAUGGUUCUGUUGUUAGAUUUGAUGAUAAUGCAUGUGUUUUAAUAAAUAAAAAUGGUGAUCCAUUAGGUACAAGAAUUUCAUCAGUAGUAGCAAAAGAAUUAAGAGAUUUACAAUAUAAUAAAAUUGUAUCACUUGCUCCAAAGACAUUCUAG